AUGCUGAGCGGUGCAUGCCGUAGACUCACCUUGGCCCUGCUGGGGACACGCCCAAAGAGGUCUGUGGUCGCCCAUAGGUGCUUGCACGCGUCGGGGUCGCAGCCCUCGGCAGACAGGAGGGAAAAGGCAGAGGAGCCGCCUUGUGGCUUCCACCAGGUGCUGCUGGAGUUCCUGGUGUGCCUGCCCUCCAAGAAGCCGCUCAGAUACGAAGCAUCAACAAACGAAUCGAUGAAUGAAGAGCUGGGAAUAGCCUAUCCAAUCAUUGAUAGAAUUCCUAAUAUGAUACCACAGGCAGCUAGGAUGACACAUCAAACUAAGAAGCAAGAAAAACAGCACUAG